UAAACCGUCAAUUCAUGAGAUUCGGGGCUGAUGGGCAUUUAAGGGUGUAUUACUGGACGGGAUCAUCUUGGUCAGCGGAGGCUGAUGUAUUGACAGCCUCCGAUGGUGACUGCGAGUAUCCAACCGUCUGUGGAAAUUACUCUGUUUGUGUAACUAGGCAGUGUACUUGUCCUCAAACUGCAGUUGGUCAGAUAAACUUUCUCCAGCAAAUAAAUUACAGGCAGCCAAGCCACGGGUGUUUCCUCAUCACACCUAUUUCUUGUGACCAUUCCCAGUAUCAUGUGCUUAUGGAGCUUAAGGACACGGCUUAUAUUCCCCGCUAUUUGCAAUAUGGUAUGAAAACAGAGUUGGAAAAUUGCAAAAGGUCAUGCUUAAGCAACUGUUCUUGCAAAGCAGCUCAAUUUCGAUUUAUUGGUCCUGGUAACACAAUGGGUGACUGUGUAUUGUUGAAUGAAGUGUUUUCGCUCACAAACAACGAAGGUGCACUCAAUAAGACCACUCUUUUUAUCAAGGUGCAGAACUCCUCUAACCUACAAGCCUCUCCUUCACUUGUCUCUUCAGAGAAGAAAUCGAAGCGUAUCGCAACAAUAGUAGGACCCACCAUUGGAGCUUCAUUUGGUUUGCUCUUUCUGGUUUUAACUUGCUUUGCCUUUCUUUUCAGAAGGAGAAAAGGACUCGAGGAAGACGAGGAGGAGUUUCUUGACCAAGUACCAGGAAUGCCUACUAGAUUUUCCCAUGAGGAACUAACUGUUAUGACAGAAAAUUUCAGUAAGAAACUUGGGGAAGGAGGAUUUGGUUCUGUAUUUGAAGGAAUAAUGAGUGAUGGCACCGCAAUAGCAGUGAAGCAUCUACAAGGUUUCGGUAAUGUGAAGAAAUCAUUCUUAGCUGAGGUAGCAACAAUAGGUAGCAUUCAGCAUGUCAAUCUGGUAAGACUUGUUGGAUUUUGUGCUGAGAAAUCACAGAGACUUCUGGUUUAUGAAUACAUGGCCAAUGUUUCUUUAGAUAGGUGGAUUUUUCAUGGAAAACAGGAACAAUCUCUCACAUGGGAUGUCAGGAAAAAAAUCAUAUCAGAUGUUGCCAAGGGCCUAGCUUACCUACAUGAAGAUUGUAAUAACAAAAUUAUUCAUUUGGAUAUUAAACCUCAGAACAUUCUUCUUGAUCACAAUUUCAAUGCAAAAGUAUCAGAUUUUGGGUUAUCAAAGCUCGUGGGGAAAGAUGAAAGUAAGAUAUUUACAACAAUGAGAGGAACACCAGGCUAUUUAGCACCUGAAUGGUUGCAUGAGGCCAUUACUGAGAAAGUGGAUGUUUAUAGCUUUGGGGUUGUGAUCUUGGAAAUCAUCUGUGGACGAAAGAAUUUGGAUCGUCAUCAAGAUGAGGAUGAUAUGCAUUUGCUUAGUUUGUUCAAGAGAAAAGCAGAGGAGAAACAACUCUGGGAAAUGGUGGACAAGAACAGUAUAGACAUGCAACUCCAUAGAGAAGAGGCUGUGGAAAUGAUGAAGAUUGCAGCAUGGUGUUUACAAAGUGAUUAUACUAAGAGGCCUUCCAUGUCAUUGGUAGUUAAGGUGUUGCAGGGUUUAGUGGAUGCUGAAACCGACUUGGACUACAGCUUCCAGUAUCCACCAAUUACAAGAAGAAUUGCCGAAGCUAAACAAGAAAGGGAAGCUGUGGUUGGUAUCAGUUUACCAUUUCCAUCAGAAUUGUCAGGACCUAGAUAAACAGCUUGUUAAGUUCCAACAGUGUCACAGCAUUAUUUCUCCUCCAUCACUUGCUUUCAUUCUGUUAUAAACUCUAUAUGUAAUGUUAACGUACUAGAAUUUCAAUUUCUAUGACUAGA